AUAAACUUUGUUUUCCAUUCCUACUCAAAACAAACAUGGGAAAGGAAAUAAAGUGAUAUCUCCCGAUUACUUUCCCAGCAUUACUAAACAUGAGAAAUGAAUUUUCCAUUUCCUAUCCCUUGGGAAAUGACAUAGGAAAUUAUUUCCUCUCAAAUUCGUUCCGUGAACCAAACGGGGCCUUAGCAGGGUACACAAUGAUAUGAAAAUCAUAGGUUUAUAUGCAUGCCAUGUAAAUGACCAACCAAGCCUUGUUUUUCUAUCGGUAUAAGUAAAAACUAAGCAUUGGAUGGAAGAAGUGUAUUGAAGAAAUGGGCGGUCGGUCCUCAAAACGACAGAGGCCUCCUUCCCCACCGCCGCCUCCUCCCCCACCACCACCGCCUCCUCCCCCACCGGCGCCUCCACACAACUAUGAAGCUAUUUUGAGAGAUGCUGACUCACCCAUCAACAAAUCCUCAGUGGAAAAACUCCUUGAACAGCUCCGUGCUGGAAUAACCUUAAACCAAAAGAGAAAGAAGUAUUGGGUUGACAAGAAGUCCAACAACUGCUUUAUGGUGUAUGCAAGGGAUCUCUCGAUCUCUUGGAGUGAAGACGAUCGUAACUGGCUCUGGCCCUCCCUGCAAGAAACCAGUGGUGUCGUCAUUGAUGCUGCUGAACUGAUUAAUGAAUGUUGGCUAGAAGUGCAUGGACAAUUUGAGACUACAAAGCUGUCACCAAGAACUCUGUAUGAAGUUGCGUUUGUGGUCAAGCUGAAAGCUUCAGCUGAAGGAUGGGAUGUUCCAGUGAAUGUCAGUCUCACUCUUCCAGAUGGUAGCAAACAAUGGCAUGAAGUUAAGUUGAAGGAAAUCCCAAGAGAGCAAUGGAUAGAGAUUUCGGUUGGCGAGUUUAGAGCGUCACCUGAAAUACCUGGGGACAUGGAGUUUUCGAUGUAUGAAUAUGAUAGUGGGAAAUGGAAUAGAGGACUUGUUAUCAAGGGUGUUAUCAUUCGGCCUAAAAAUUAAGUUGCAGAAUACUCAACUUUGCUUAUGAGCAGAGAUAUGAUUUUCUGGAUUUUUCAUAUGAAGACAGAAACCUAUGUAAGAAAUAAUAAGAACGGAAUAAUGAAAUAA